AUGGCUACCAUCAGCAGAACACUACUGCUCUUACCGGGUCGUCGUCGGAAGUUGUUCACCGUCGGGAACGGUAACGGGGUGUUGCGUGUGUUCGGAGGCGCCGUUCGGAAGUUGUCCACGAUGGAGGGAGGAACGCCGACGGACCAUCCAAUAGUGGAGCUGCCGGGGUUGGGUAAGCUGAAAGGUUCCACCACGCGCGGUGCCUGGACGGGUGUGAAUGUCUACCAGUUUCUGAACGUACGCUACGCGGAACCGGCUACGGGCGAGCGUCGGUUUAAGCCACCGGUUCCAGUGGAACCGUGGGAGGGUGUGUUGGAUGUGUCGGAACCGAAGCUUGGCUCACCGGUCUACAAACGCAUGAAGCUAUUGACCGAAGAACAAAGGGCCGAAAAUCUAGAAGACUGCAUUAAUCUGAGUGUGUUUACGAAGGAUUUCAACGGCCGCAAACCGGUCAUAGUGUAUGUGCACGGUGGUGGGUUUUACGAUGGUGCGAUAUAUCACUACCCGCCGAACUACAUCAUGGAGAAGGAUGUCGUGCUGGUGGUGCCUCAGUAUCGGUUGGGAGCGCUUGGGUUUUUGUGCUCCAACACCAAGCAGAUCCCGGGCAAUGCGGGCGUCAUGGAUGUGGUGUUGGCGUUCGAGUGGGUCCAGAAGUAUAUUAGCCAUUUUGGAGGUGAUCCACAGCAGGUCACCGCCAUGGCACAGUCCUCCGGGGCAGCGAUGGUUUCCAGCAUGACGUACAGCCCGCUGGUGGACACGGAGAGACUGUUCAAUCGGUUGAUACUGCAGUCGGGCAACUGUCACGGUUCGUGGGUGUGGGAUCGCAGUCCGGAGCGUAACUGCCGGGAUAUUGCCGGGUUUGCUGGUUUCGACCGGAAGGCACCGCUGGAGGACGUGGAACGAUUUCUGAUGCAACUGGACAUCUUCAGCCUGAUGAAGGCUUUCACUCAACAUUACCGACUUCGAACACCGAACGGAACAGAUACGAUCGGUGGUGCACGUAUGGUGUUUAACGAUCCCAAUGGACUGUUUCCGGAGAAUCCUUACUUCAUCAUGCGCAAAGGUGGAGGACGGAAAAAUAUGCCACUCCUCACCGGUGCCACCCGGCACGAUGGAACGUUCGCAUUCUUGGAAGUGUUUAACAUACUGCUGUUUAAGAAGCUAAUCGGCGAUCCACACAUCACCAUCCACCGGAUGGUGGACGAGGUGAACCAGGUGCUGGGUGUGGACGAUCCGUCCUGUACCAUCCGUACGCUUACCAUGGCCCAGUUCUUCACACACGAGCAGCUCGCAUCCGGUGAUUUGCGAAAACUUCUGGCUGGUUUCUGUGAUCACACGGCAGAUGUUCUGAUUAAAGGACCCGUGCUAAAGAUGGCCCAGAACAACGCGAUGUACGUUCCGGAGCAGACGUAUCUGUACAGCUUUGACUACGCAGGCGAGCACACGCGAUUCGGUUACGGUGGUGACACAUCGGCCAUCCCGUUCGAGGGCGGUGUACACCACUCGAACGAUCUGAUGUAUCUCUUCCCGUAUCCACCAAUGGCCGCUAACCUUAACGAACAGGAUACGACCGUGGCGAAGCGAAUGGUUGACCUAUGGACAUCGUUCGCCAUCCAUGGCAAACCGGAAGCACAAGAUGUGCCUGAUUGGCCACCGAUGAACAACGUGCUGGGACCGUAUCUCAAGAUUAACAAGCAGUUUACCAUUGGGCAGGACUUUAGGGAAGAAUUAACCGUGGCGAUUAAGAAUCCGUCUGAGAUUGAAAAGAAGAAGGUGAACAAAACUUCAACGCAAUAG